AUAAAAUUAAAAAAUGAUGAACUCUGGAAGAGAUACAGUACAGUCAAUCCGAAGUAUGACCUCUCAAAGCUCUCAGAGAAACCUGACUCAUGGUCGAAUAAGCAGUACUUCUAGAAGAGCUAUAACCCCUCGUGGAGGAAUGUCUCGGAAUAGACCAUUUGAUAACAAUAAUACAACCCAUAAAACAUUCCUUCUAAAUAAUAACAAGAAUUCUAAAUUUGAUGUUGAUUUGUAUAAAUGACCGAAAUCAGGAAGUUUAAAGAAAAGAUCACCUGAAUAUUCGAUCCCCAAAGGAAAGGCUCGUAAUUAUAUGAAUUCUCGACAAGCCGCUACAGCUAGGAAUUUGUCACCAUGAGAGCACCAUACUGAAAUAAAUUGGAUCAAGAGGCAAUCUAAACUAUCAGUAAAAGGCUCUGAUAGAAUCACCGCUUUGGACACUUUAAUAAAGACUAAGAGAAGACUACCUGCACCUAAUGCGUAUAAAAUUGCCGAAAAGAUGAAAGCUACAUAUGGAAAGUGAGAUAAAGCCGAGGGAAUUACUUUUAUGUCUGAGUCAGAGUACUUGGGAACCUCCACACCAGCUCCCAACAAGUAUAUCAUAAAUGAAUCGUUAGUAAAAUAAGAAACUUAUUGGAUUCAAGAUGAAGCAGCCAAAGUCUAAAUACUCUUGGAAACCAGUGAAAACGAAGCUACCUGAUCCAGGGAGUUAUAACCAUGACACUGCUAUUAAGAGAACCAGUCUCAUAAAGAGGUCUCAAAGUGCAGUAUUUGGGAAAUUGAAAAGGACUAAGUUAAAUAAGAAGAAAACAGAAGUUCCAGGAGUGGGUACCUAUAAGCUUGAUAAAGUCCUUGAGAAGAUCUCAAGACCGAUGAAGACCAGUAGGAGAUAAAUGACUGUUUAUAAAGAAUAUUUCAAAAUUAAUUACUUGU